UGAUUAAGAUUCAUAAGUACUAAAUUUUUACGGGGUUGGUUCUCCCGGAAAUCAAACAACAAACGCUACAGCGCCACCGUGCGGUAAAAAUGUGAAGCUGUUUGAAUGAGAAGUGUAGCAGACGAUGUUUGAAGGUUAGGUGCUGCUGUACUCAACGCACCUUGAACCCGCCUGAUUCUUAUCAAGCCUCGUCGUGCACACAGACCCUCUGAACCAUCACGAGAGAGAAAGAGAAAGAAAGACAAAGAACAUUUUUUCCCACCUGCAUUGGUGAUAUUCACUCAUUCGCAAUGGCCAGAGCUGUCAUUCCACCCAUUUCACGACUGUGUGAAGGAGUUAUUCGUAUUCUGGGAAUGAAUCCAGGAAUGAUGGAAUUACAAGGAACUAACACUUACCUCUUAGGAAGUGGAAAAAGACGGAUCCUCCUUGAUGCGGGGGAUGAAAAUAAACCUGAAUAUAUUCAGAAUCUGCAGAAAGUAUUGAAGGAAGAAGAUGUUGAUUUGGAACAUAUCAUCAUCACUCACUGGCACCAUGAUCACAUUGGAGGCGUCAAAGAAGUCUUGAAGCAUGUUAAUGCAGAUGUUUCUGUGUGGAAGUAUCCUCGAACUGAUGGCGAUGAGCAAGAAGGGAUCCCAUUAAAAUUUUUAAAAGAUGGCCAUGAGUUUAAGACUGAAAAUGCUACCUUCAAGGUCUGCCAUACACCUGGGCACACCACAGACCACAUAGUACUUUUUUCGCCUACCACUGGCCAAAUGUUCAGUGGAGAUAAUGUCUUAGGUGAAGGUACUGCUGUAUUUGAGGAUUUAUAUGAAUACAUGAGGUCCUUAAGCCUUAUGGUUGGUAUGAAGCCAACUGUGAUCUUCCCUGGACAUGGUCCAGUUGUUGAAGAUCCAGUGAAGAAAAUAACAUAUUACAUUGACCAUAGAAAUGCUCGUGAAGCUCAAGUUUUAAAAGUUCUUUGUGACAAUCCUGAUAAAAUAUUCAGCGCUUUAGAGAUAGUCAAGAUUAUUUAUGUGGAUGUGAAUGAAAAUCUCCACUAUGCAGCUUCUAUAAAUGUAACCCACCACCUGGAGAAACUUGUGAAGGAAGGUAAAGUAAUAUCAUCAGGAGAUGGUUGGCAGUAUCGUAAAUUGGAAUCGAGCUUGUAAGAUAAACCAAUGUUGGUGUGUAGUAAAUCACAGUGCUUUUGAGAUUCCUUUCAAAUUUCCAUUUUUAAAAGAUAAGUUGUUAGAUUUGGUAUAUAUUUUAUCAUAAUUUUACUCAGUUUUAUAAAUAUUUUUCUAUUUAUGGUGUCGGGUGAGAAAGAUGUAUUUUUUCUAUGUCACAUCUGUGAAAGUUGGGUGGUGAGGUUCAAGGCAAUGCUAAGCAACUGGACAGAUGUUUGUCAAUAUGUUAACAUGAAUUUAUUUCUAUGCUGUACAUUAAUACACAAGUUUCAGCUA